UGUUGAAGGCUUGGACGUCAUCACUUGGUGUCAAUUGGUGGUGAAGGACCCCCCUGUCUUCGGCAGUCCGGUGGAGAGACAGAGCGACGGCCGGAUGUUCGAGUCGGUCUCGAGCGGCGGCCGUUAGCCGGGAGUCGGGAGUCGGGAGUCGGGGGGUGUGCGGGGACAACUCCAAACCUUUCAUUUCUCCGCCUCCUCUUACUGGAACACAGCCGGUAGCUGGUGGGGGACAACAAGGGACGGCGUUAGGGAGGUUGUUGCUUCCCUUUCCAGUUGGUAUAUCGGCCAUGGAGCAGGUUGCACGGUUCUGGAAGAGGCCGAGGAGGAUGGCGGCCCUCGGAGCCCAGUCUGUCGAGUAGCGCACACCCUCCCUCUCUCUCUCUCUUUCUGUCUGUCUCUGGUCGCAUUCCUCAUCCUCCUGAGGGUGCGGAAGUAACCGUGAUAACUGAACAACCGCUCCUCUCUUUCAAGACAAGGAGAGAGGGGAGAUACGGUUCGAUCAUCUCCUUUGCUUCCCCAUCUGUCUCCAAAAUGGAUAGCAAAUCGUUUGCAAUCGUCCUGGAUGAAAUACGGAAGGGGGUUCUGACUGAUCAUAAAUUAAAGGCAAUUGAAUAUGUACAUGGAUAUUUUUCAAGUGAACAGGUGGUUGAGUUACUGAAGUAUUUUUCUUGGGCAGAACCUCAACUAAAAGCCCUUAAAGCUUUACAGCAUAAAAUGGUAGCCAUCCAUGUAUCUAAAGUAAUAAAUAUCCUUCAAUGCCUCACUUUCACUAAAGAUAAACUUGUCGCCUUAGAUCUAAUAGCCUUGAAUAUCAUUGAUCCUCACAAUUAUCGGCUAAUUGAAGAUAUUUUCCGGGUACACCUGCCAGAAAAGAAACGUUGCAAAAGAAUUCUUGAUCAGGCUUCUAAAGCUGGCUGUAAGGCUCCUCUCGCAAUGAGAUCUUCGUGUGGAAUGAUUCCAGGAAACCCAUAUCCUAAAGGGAAACCAAGUGCGUUGAAUGGAUUGUUAGCGGCUCUUUCUGUAAAGAAAGAAAAUGAAAGUGGUUAUAAUGUUGGCCGAGGGAUAGCGACCUGUAUUCUAGGACCUUCUAAACCUGCUCCAGCAACUUACAAUCCUCAUAAGCCUGUUCCUUAUCCUAUACCUCCUUGCCAACCACAUGCAACUAUUGCACCAAGUGCAUAUAAUACAGCUGGCCUUGUCCCAAUGGGCAGUUUCAUAGCUCCAGUUGUAGCCCCAGCCGCCUAUGCUCCUCAACAAGCUUUUUCCAGAUCAGGCAAUCAACUGAGCUAUAACUCCUCUGCUACCAACUUGCAUGCGACUGUGUUCUCACCACUUGGUUCUUACUCAUCAGCUCCAGCAACACCUGUUGCAACACCUACGUUUGUCCAGUCGCCUGCAAAUCAAUUAGUUUUUGCUUCAGCACCAGUAACACCAGCCUUUUCAAGGCUUGGCACAUCCGCCUCGAUACCUCAAAAAGGUGUUCCUCAAUCAAGUGGCUCUUCUGCCCCACCUCCAUAUCCUGAAUGUCAGGACACUACAGCUGUAGUAUCAGCGGCACCACAGAAUUCCCAGGCACAUGGUGAAGUAAGGUCAGGGAAUACUGGUACAUCAACUCAUAGUUCAACUGUCACAGGAUUAACCUCCAGCUACACCAACACAAACUGUAGUCCUGGUGUGAUGCCACAAACUGGUUCAUCCUCAGGUUUUCAGACAAGUGAAAAUUCCAAUACAUCUCCACCGAUGAGCAACUCAUUCCCAAAUCUUCUAUCCUUCCCAGGAUUGCCUAUAUUUUUCCAGAAUCAGACUUUAUCUCCUGCUUCUCUGUCUGCACUCCAAGCAGGAAUGACUGUUGCAAAUUUACCUGGUCUUCAGUCUAUUGCAACUGCAGCAACAUUGACAGGAAUGCAUUCCUCUGGGACUACUACAUCUCUGUCUCCAGUCCAGAAUGGUGUGAUGGCAGCUACAAUGCCUGGGCUUCAGUCUGCUGUUUCCGUUGCUGGACUCCAGUCUAACGCUGAUGUCACCUCUCUUCAUGGGCUCCAAACUACAGUAUCACUAGGUGGACUCCAAUCUAAUGGAAAUUCAAUGUCUCUUGCUGGACUGCAGCCUACAGUAUCUCUUGCUGGGUUGCAAUCUGCUGCAGCAUCUCCAAUUGGAAUGCGAUCUGCUGCAGCAUCUCCAGCUGCACUGCGAUCUACUGCAGCAUCCCCAGCUGCACUGCAAGCUGCUGCCUCUCUUGCUGGUCUGCAUGCUGUUGCUGCCUCUCUUGCUGGACUGCAGUCUGCUGCUGCUGCCUCCCAUGCUGGCCUCCAUCCUGGUCCUACAUCUGUUUCUGAGCUCCAAUCAGUUCCUGCCUCCCCCUCUGGACUCCAGCAUUCAAUUUCCUCCCUCCCUGGGCUUCAGCCUGCUGCUGUCACUCUUCCCAGAUUGCAGUCAUCUACAUCUUUUUCCGGACUUGAUUCUAUUGUGGUUGCUGCCUCAUUACCUGGAUUGCAACCUACUACAACUGCAGUCACCCUUCCCAGUCUCCAAGCUGCUGUAGCUGCCUCAUCUUUGCCUGGCCUUGAGUCAGCAAUGGCGGCUGCUUCUCUCCCUGUUUUGCAGUCUGCCUUGGGUGCUGCUUCUUUACCUGGACUUCAGUCUCUAGGUGCUGGGUCUUUACCAGGAAUCCAGUCUGUAGUGGGUCCCCCUGCACUCUCUAGUAUCCAGUCCACUAUUGGUGCUACUUCAUUUUCUGAUCUCCAGUCCACUGUAGGUACCACUUCUAUCCCUAAUGUACAGUCUGGUGUGAGCAUGGUGUCACCUACAGGCCUACAGUCUAACGUGGAUACCGUGCCUCUGCCAGGAUUCCAGACAACUAUGGGUGCUGCGACUCUUCCUGGAUUGCAGUCUGUUGCACCUUCUGCUUUACUGCAGUCACACUCAGCUGCGUCUCUGGAGAACUUUUCAACUCAGGGCAACAAUGAUUUUGGAUGCUACUCAUCUGGACCAGCAACUCCAUAUUCUCUCCCACCUGGCUUAUCUUCUCAACUGGGGUGGCAGUAGAUAAUGGACCUGCUUUCAAAUACCCUGUAAGAUUUCAAUGUAAAGCUGAUGUUUGCUGAAUUUAUCCAGCUCUUUGAUUAGGCAUACGGUAUACUUAGCAGUGAUGUAGAUGAAACUUGAUGGGAUUUUUCCUAAUAAAAUAUAUCUGAACAUCAUUUUUUGAUUUUAAAAAAGGGACAAGGGAUGAUAUAGAAACCGUGUCUACAGUUUAAAUUUCUUCCGAUUAGUUGCAAUAUCUGUAAGCUGGUAAGGCUUGCUAAAUGCAAUUUUUCACUCAAGUAUAUGGGACAUUAGAGAAACAUUACAAAGGGACAGUCUUGUGAUUAAGUUUUUGAACUAGUAAUCCAGAGACUGGAGUAAAGGACUGAAGACACUGAUUGAAAUCCCAACACAGAAGAUGGGAAAUAUAAAUUUGGAUAACCUGAGUAAAUGUGAGGUUAAAAAAUUUUAGAACCAGGAGUAGUGACCAUAUUGCCACUGGAUUAUUGGUAAAGACCCACCUAACUGACUGUUGUCUUUUUUGGGGAAGGAAAUCAACAGCCUUACUUGGUCGGGAUUAUAUGUGACUUUAAACUCUCGGAAAUGUGGAUGAUUCUUAACUAUCCUCCAAAAUGGCAAACUAUUUGGUUGCCAAGGAAGUCUAUUUUCUGCAAACAGUUCAUUACUGUAAAUGUUUGAACAUUUUGUCAUAAAGCUAGCUGUCUUAUGCUACUAAUUUGCAUUAAACUUAAGUGAGACUUCCCAUUAACCUGAUAUUGCAGUCAAGUCAAAAAGAUGUUCUGCUGACUGCACAUGUGAACACUGUGGUUUUUGAGUCAUUACCAUUGUUGUGACAAAUAUGUAGGCAGAUGGUUUGUUCCAACAACUGUCAGACCUCAUCAAACAACAUGUCCCUUUGACCCCCUUUGAGGAGGGAUCUGAUUGAGACCUACAAAAUCAUGAGAGGUGUGGACAGGGUGGAUAGCAAGAAACUUUUUUUCCCCCAGAGUGGAGGACUCAAUUACUACAGGUCAGGAGUUCAAAGUGAGAGGGGAAAAGUUCCGGGGAGAUAUACGUGGAAAGUUCUUUACGUAGAGGGUUGUGGGUGCCUGGAAUGCAUUGUUAGGGGAGGUGGUAGGGAUGGGAACAAUGGUGUCAUUUAAAACAUCUAGACAAAAAAGUGAAUGGGCAGGGAGCAAAGGGAUACAGAUCCUUCGAAAAUAGACAGCAGAUUUAGAUCGAAGAUAUGGAUCAGUGCAGGCUUGGAGGGCCAAAGGGCCUGUCCUGUUCUGUAGUAUUCUUUGUUCUUUGACCAUCUGCAGCAGACAGAAUGCUGAUCAUAUUCAUAAAUGUCAUUGUUACAUGGUAUUCAACGUUAGAUUUGAUUUGUUAAGUAUUCCUGACCACCAAGAAUUACACUGAAAACCAAUUUAAAGUUAUCCUUCCGACUCCCAGUAAUUCAGUUUCAUGUGCUAGAAGCUACAGUUAUUUACACACAGGGUUCUGUCCUUUGUAGGAAAAAUAUGUUUGUGAUUUUUUUUAACUGAGUAAAGGCUUAUAAAAACAGCUAACUCCCUUUGCACUUGCAUGGCAAUCCUCUGACCAAACAAUUGAUUUAUCUGGUUUAAAUCUAAUUACUGCAAAGCAGCAUAACAUCAAAAAUGGGAAUACUUUGAAACUUAAAACAAGAAUAUGACCUUUUUUUUUGAAAACUGGCAGCUUUCCAAUUAUUCUUUUUUUGAGUAUUGCAGAGGCAGUUACCAAUCCAGCAUACUCUGGUUUCUGGAAGAACUAGACAGGAGGAAGGGUUUAGAAGGAUAUGGGACAGGUGCUGGCAAAUGGGACUAGACUAAUUUAGGAUAUUUGGUCGGCAUGGACGAGUUGGACCGAAGGUUCUAUUUCUGUACUGUACGUCUCUAUGACUGUAUGACUUUCAGGGCUUUAAUCUAAUUCUUACAUUAAGAUGUCAAAGAUGUUUUUACAUUUAGGGUAGCCCAACACAAAUGGUUAUCAAUAUAAGAUAGUAGCUAAUAAAUCCAAUUUGGGAGAAAAUUCUUUAGCCAAGAAGUAUUUAGAAUUUGGAGCUUGAAAACCCAUUAAAUAAUUGAGAUGAAUAAAAUGUGUUUUAAGUGGAAGCUAAUUAAUGUGUUGAAUAUAAAUAGCACACCUCAAUUGCACCUUUUAGCAAAAAAUAUUGAAAUAAGAUACAAAUAAAACUACUGUAACAAGAAGGAAGACAAGUGACAUAUCUAGCACAAAUUUACAUCUUUGAAUUGUUUAAUAUGGACUUGUGCUUUCAUCCUCAUUUUAACUGUUCCACAUGUUUAAGUAUUCUGGAACAUUAUAUCUGGAAACAAAUAAAAGCAGUUUGGGGGAAGCAUGACUACUUUUUGCAAAGAAAAAAACCCUGAAUUUAUUGCUACUACAAAUGAUAUAAUAUUUAACUCCACUUGAUUUUAAAUGAAAUAUUACGGAUAUAUAUGUAUGUAGUCUUAAAAUAGUCUUAUCUUUGAAUUUCUUUAAAAAGAAAAACAUUUUCUCCUUUGAAAGUUAUUCAUAAUGACCUCUUGGUUGAAUACUGAAGCCUAAGGCUAUUGGAGGACAAUAUUGUUAAGCAUAAUGUGAAUUUGCUAGCGUGCUAAUCAAAGAGUUGGUACAAGGCAUACAUCCUGCUAAUGAAAUUUCAUUUACUCUGAGCUUUGGUUCUGCUACUAAUUCUCUAGCUCUGGUACGUGUUUCACAGAAUUAUAUACAGAAUAUUUUAUUUGUUAUUUAGGUGCACCUAUUCAGAGGUUUCACUGGUAACAUGUUUGAAAUUAUACACUUUUCUAAUAGUAGGGUUUUGUGUAAACAAUUUAAAAUUGAUCUAAUCAAGCUGCAUUGAAAUUUAAUUUAACAAUAUUGUCUUUUGACACUUGUUGAUAUGCUGGAGUAUCAACUUUAAAAAAAACCUUUUAAACUUCAAGCUGUAAAGCUAUAGGAAAUAAAAUGCAUUCAUGAUCUUCUUUCCAAAAUGAUAUUAGAGGAUACUAAAACUCAUGAGCAGACUGGUGCUUUCGGAAAACGUUAGUUUUGUAUCAUUAAUACAUUUAUAAUGUGAGUCAACAAGAUGAACUUAUUAGUAUAAAGACUUGUAGGAUAAAAUUAAUCUUAUUCUGAGUGCAUUACAUACAAGUUACUUGAUCUUUAUUUUUGUUUUUAUUUGUCUGAUACAUUAUUUCAACAGUGUUGGCAGAGCAUGUUUUCUUUUGUAAUUUUAUACCUCCCAUCCUUGAGUAUUCUUUGUACUUCUGGAACCAUUUACAAAUCUAUUUCUACGGUAUUUCUAAGCCUGACAUGUCACUGUCCAUUUCUUAGAAACAGAAAUAAGUACAUAAUGAAAGUCAAGAAUGAGAAAUGGCCAUGUCAAAUUGAGGUACAGUUAUAGCAUGCAGGAGCAUUUUGAAUGUACCUAAGGUGUUUUGUCUGCUUUCUCAAAUGGCAGUUUAUUCUAAUUGUUUAACUUUUCAGUAAGAUCUUUGUAAUAGUUUUGAGUUUUUGACAAAUUUAAAUGUAUUUCAACUGGUGCUAUUUUCAUGACAUAAUGUGAAAUAUUCUGGAUUAAAUGUCUCUAAAUCAUUCAAAUGUUUUAUAUAAAAUGCCCCUCAACCCAACAAACUUUGUUUCUUUCAAUCUAUAAAGUUUGCACUUCUCAUAUCCUAAACAUAGCUCAUCUUUCUUUCAAUUGGAAUAGUUUUGCUCUAAUCUGCACCUUCUCUAAUGCAUGAAGCAAUUUUAGUGAUACCCCAAUUUGAAAAUGGUGUACUUUGUAUGGUGUUUGCAGUGCACCGUUCAGCCUUAAUCAGGGUCACAGUCUAAGGAUAUGGGGUAGGCCAUUUAGGACUGAGAAGAGGAGAAAUUUUUUUCACCAAGUAGUGGAAUUCUCUGUCACAGAAAGCAAUUGAAAUCAAACAAUUGAAUGUUAUCAAGAAGGAGAUUGAUAUAAUUUUUAGCACUAACGGGUUCAAAGGGCUGAAAGUGGAAACAAAGUACUGAGUAAGAUGAUCAGCUGUUAAUACAUUGAAUGGCAACCAGGCUUAAAAGGCCUAUUCCAGUUCCUGUUUUCUGUGUUUAUAAAUCUAUCUCUUAACAUAACCCACAGGAGGAUUAUUUCAUUGUUCUUAGUGUCAGUUCAAGUAGUGGGGAGACCAAGGGGAAAUAAGUAAUUAGAAUUGGAGGAUGCUCAUGUGAGCUGUGGAUCAGCUGGGAUGCAUUGUCUGUUUCUGUUUUAGAUUGUAUGUAUUCACAAUGUGUUAUUUUUUUAAAAAAUGAUUUCUCAAUAUUUUGUAUGUAAUUACCAAUACAAAGUAACAAAUGCUGAAGGGGUCAAGGUACUGUGUUGCUCCAAUUUUUUUUUGUGUGUAGAGAAAUCGGGGAAAUGUUAACUCUGACUUCUGUCCACAGAUGCUGUCAGACCUGCUGAGCUAUUUCAGCAAAUUCUGUUUAUGUUUCUGAUUUUCAGCAUCCAUGGUUCUUUUGGAUUUUUUUCUUGUGUGUGAUUGUGUAUGUACCAUUAACAAGGAAUCCUGUGUUUCAUAGUAAUUAAAUAAUACCUUCUGUUAUGUGUGUACAGUCCAUUUCUUAUGUAUAACUGUUUUUAGUGAGAUGAGAAUAAUGCCUUAAAAUAAUGAUUUGAUCAUGUUUUAUGUCACAUCUUGGUAUUUUGAAAUAAAUUUAAAAUAUAAGUACAAUUAAAUUGUUUGUGUCAUAAAUGGAUAACCAUUUAGCAGCUUGCCUGGUUGACCUUAUCCAUUGAAUAGGGCUUGAUUUGUAUGUAGCACGAGAAGUGGAGAGGAAAUUAAAAUCAGACAUAAACAAAAAUUGAACGUGGCUUUAAAAAAAAGUUACCUGAGAACUUUAAUACAAAUUUCAGUAUAGCACUUAAUAGUGAGAGUACUUUUUGGAAAAAGCACCAUGUGUGAAUUUAACUACACAUGCUUUUAAACAGCAUUCAAAAAGCUGAUAUAGCAACUUAAUUGCUCACUGUCUAAUGAAGCACGAAACAAGAAACAACUCGACACAACUUUCAUUUUAGUACUUCAUUUUACCCAAGAUGAUUUUCAAAAUGGAAGCUAUUAUGAUAUUGUUCAAACCUCUGUGCUUGUAAUAAUGAUAACUAAAACAAAUCUAAUGCAGUAGAAUUUUUUUUCAAAAAUGGAAAUGAUUUUGACUUAGUAUUUGCAAUUUGUGGCUUUUCUGAUUUUACAAUCUGAAUUUGACUUCUCAUUUUGUAGCUUUAAUGUUAUUUUGUAACGGUCUUAUUUUAGUGGAGAAGAGAUUAGAUUUAGGCUAUUGAACUAUACACAUUGUUUGUAAGUAGGCUGGAAGAAGAUUGCUUUUAUAGUGAUAUGAUUGACUGGAUAAUUAGUUCAAAGAAAGUUUAUGCAAUAAAACAUUUCUGUUAAAAUAA